AUGGCCGAGCUCGGGAGCUCGCGAGCAGCGCUGCAAACGUCCUUGUCGACUUCGUCAUUCGGACAGCCGGAGCGAUGUCGCUGCCAGGGUGCUUGCUGUACCAGGUGCCACUCACGGGUCUUCCCCUGUAACGUCGGACUCUGCUGCCCCUGCUUACCGAGCAGCUGGCGCAGUGCCAAGGACUGGCUCCACCUGGUCCUCAUUUUGGGUGUCCUCUCCUCCACAGUCUUCGUCAUCCUGCAGAUCGUCGAGAUCGCGCUGCAGGAGCACUGCCACACGCCCUUCUGCUUGGGACAGCUGAUCUCGGCGAUCCUGCUGCUCCCGAGCCUCUACGACUUCUUCAAGUUCAUCGGAGCCUACGACGAGUCUCUACAGGAGCACAAGCAGCGUGCCGAGGACGAGGUACAUGGCCUCAUCGAGUCCAUCAACCAGCAGGUGGCAGAGAUGCAGGACGUGGCCGCAAAGCUCACUGAGAGUGCUACGGACUUCGCCUUCCGCUCUUUCGACAGCAGCCGCGAGGGCUUCGAGAAGUUCAUCCUGGACCUGAAGCUCUACUACAGCGAGCUCUACGAGGAUCCUCUGAUGCUGCAGGAGCUGCGCUGCUUCAUGCUGAAGUGGCUCCACAUCUUUUCCCAAAGCCUCUUGGAUGCCGAGACCAACCCACUGCUGAAGGGCAUCGAGGAGGAAUUCAAGAAAUGUGAAACGCUCGACGAGCUCUGCGAAAAGGUCACCGGCCGGCUCUCUCGUCUCAAGGUUUCCACUCGCCUUGUCCUCGCCCCUGCGGAGUCCUACGUGCUGCCUUCCCAGCGGCCCCAGGCCCAGCUCGCCCUCGAGGAGGGUCUGAGCUCCAACGCCAGCUUUGCGACGGCCUCCUCGGCCUCCACGGCCUCCGCGGCUGGCGGAAAGUGCGGGGUCUCUUGGCUCCGCCUCGACUGCCGAGGGCGUUUCGGGCGUCAGGUUCUGCGAACCCGGGAUGGGAACUUCGACAGGGAGUGGCCUUUGACCAUUGCCUUCUGCUGCGGCUCCAUCACCAUCCUCAGUCGGAGGCACUUGAAUCACCUGCUCUACUUUGUGCUGGAUCUCGUCCUCGUUCUUUACGAAGUCUUGGACUUGAGCCAGGCCUACAGCAUCGCUUUGGUUUGCUGCAACUGGCUCUGCGUGCUCAGCACGCUGGCUUGUUUCGAGCAGAUCGACGAGAUCGCCCAGCUGCAGCGGCGGAUCUGCCGCUACCGCGAGAGGAGCGACCGCGUCCAGGAGCAGCACCGGGAAGCCAAGGAGAAUUGGACCAAGGUUCAGCAGUUACACGACCUCUGGAAUUACCGCACGCAGCCCUUCCUUAGCAUCUGUGGCAAGAUUCACCGGGCCUUGGACAACAAGGACAGGGAGGAUGCCAGGCUCGCAGCAUCUGUCAGCACAGUGUGA